UCAUAUGACAGUAUAAUGGGCGCAAGUCGUAUUAUAACGACAUUGUUUUUGCGGCCGGUUUUAACAUUUCUGUAUAUAAUAUUAUCUCUGCGAAUAACAACAACAUUUAAUUAGAAAAUUGCCUCCAGGCUAUACAUUGCGCAGUAUCUUACUUGAUGCGAUUAACUUUUGAAUUAGUUAUUUAUCAGUUAUACUUAUGUCCCAAGGUGCGUAGAAGCGGCAGUUAUCAUCCUUGUAAAUUAGUCAUUAUAAAGUGAUUACAAAAACGUUAAUCUAAACUCUCCAAGAUUAUGUAGAUAUAAAAAGCAGUGGGCAAUAUUUUCUGGAAACGUCCUCUGUGUGUCAUAGAUAUAGAGUAAUUCGCAAAUAUAUUGAUCGCGCACGUACUAUCUGUCUCGUGUCUUUCUUCGCUUUUUGGCGCGGAUUACGCAAGCGGCAAGUGUGUCCGGAGUUUUUAAGACGCAGUGCCACAGUUUCGUCGAAUCCGAAAUAACGCCCAAGUAUCAAAGAUGUUUCAUCAGUGAAAAAUUAAAUGUCUUUAUUACAAUGAGGAUAAAUUAAACAUGUCGGCGGUUACACAGGAAUAUUAGAAAACUCUAAUCUACUCCCCGUCGCGGACCAGAGAGAAAGUGGAUAUAUACCGCGAGUGACAAAACAAGCUAUACAUAGACAAAAAGAAAGUAAUAAAUCCCGCACCGAGCGAUAAGCAGGCGGUAUUAUCAGGCACGCCAGGUAUUGAAAUGAAAAAUCAGGCGUGAAAAGCGCCGAUCGACCAAAAGAUAAUAAAAUAACAAAGCGAGAGCCCUCGCUAUACAGAGAAUAAGAGUGAAAAGCGCGUGUACAUAUAGUGCGAGUCAGUACAGAGGAGUAGAUUAGAUUGGCAUCAGCGAGAAUCUGUCUCAGAGAGCGACGGCUAUCCUGCCAUAUUACACUCGCGCAUACACAUAUAACUGAUAUAACUGACAUAGCCUACACAGCACAAGCCAACGCUCCCCACGCUCUCUGCACACGAAUACACUAUAUCCGCCGUGCAGUGCUGCGGAUGUAGUAGAGCCGCUUGGUUGCUGGCCGCAGUCUUCAGUCGGCAGCUAGCUGCCUCCGAGCUCGCUCCGCCUUUGUUUCUAGCGUUUACCUCUCCUCUACGCCAGUAAGUAAGCCCCUAGUAGCAGCUCUCCCAUGUUUGUAUACAAAGCGCGCAGUCCUUAGUGUAAACAAAGUGGUCGUGCUGCACCCGCGAGCAGCUGCGAGGAAAAAAGCGUCGAGCGGUGUACCUAUUGUGUGUAUAUAGAGGACGAGGAGAAGAAAGAAGCCGAGGAUGCGGCUGUGAUUUUUUUGAUGAGAAAAAUUUAGAAAAUUGCUGCUUUGAUGCUGGUCUCUGCCGCCACGGCGGAGUGAAUUUGCAGCAAAAACAAUGGAAGGAAAGUACGGAAAAAAAAUAAGCUACGAUCCCGAUUGGAAAGGACCCUUGCACAAGCGGUCGUGCACCGACUGUUUUUGGCUCAUUCUUUUCAUUACUUUCCUCGUCGGAUGGAGCUGCGUGGCAUACUAUGCGCUGAAACAUGGAAACAUGGAGAAGCUCCUCCAUCCCAGCGAUACCGAGGGCCGAAAAUGCGGGAUCGACUCAGCCGUGAAAGAUAAGAAAUACUUAAUAUUCUUCGACCUGAGCAAAUGCGCUCGAAUAUCGACGGAGUACCGGUCGUGCCCUACCACGCAAGUUUGCGUCGAGAAAUGUCCGGAUAGGAAUUUCCUUUACAACAAUGCGAGAGAGACGCUUCCGUUGGCUGAACUGAAGCGUCAGCUAAUUUGCAAGAUCGACGUAAAGCUUAACGAAAUUUAUCGACUUGAUCAAAUCGAUAUGCUGGUAAAGGCCGAAAAGUGCGCCAGUUGGUACCUCGAGAGUACGUCGAUAGUUGGUAGAUGUUUUCCGAAAGGAAUUUGGCCUGAAUUCGUCAACUCGACCAUUACGGUUCCGGAUUUGCAACAUGCUGAAGCUUUCGUGAAAGCUGUUGCAAACAUAGAAGACGUUUUGAAGAAAGUCUACCAGGAUAUCAAAGAAACCAAGUACAUAGUUUUGGGUAUUGCCAUAGCCAGUGGAUUUGUAUCUCUUUUCUACAUUGUUGUAUUAAGAUGGCUAGCAACUCCGUGUGUCUGGCUUACUAUCUUGGCGGUCUGCGCUUCGUUAGGAUACGGCACUUACGAAACCACAUUGGUGUAUAUCAAAACACGAUAUACAGAAUGGCUGGUUCUUCUUGUUAUUGUUGCGACGAUAUUAUUUUUAAUAAUAUUGGCAACUUUGUUUCUACGCAGAAGAAUUUAUCUCGCGUGCCAGCUCAUAAAAGAAUCCAGCAAAGCUGUGACGUGCGUUUUGUCAAGUUUGAUAUUUCCUGUAGUACCAUGGGUACUGCAACUGCUUGUUUUAACCUAUGGCGUGACAAUAUUUUUGUAUCUUCUGACCAUAUGGAGUCCAAAUUAUAGAGUAGAAAUGAUGGACAAUAAUUGUAUAUGUGAUUCAUCCCUAAAUUACGUUAAUAAUGCUACCUGUGAUCCAGGAAUAUUCAAUGCUAACUGUAAGCAGUCGGGUGGACCGUGCAUUCUAUCCGCUUGUAAUUUAGUAGGCAAAGAUAGGCCAUGGUUCAUUAAAUAUUUUCACAUUGUAAAUAUUGUCGGAUUCUAUUGGCUUUUCUUCUUUGUUUCGGCGUUCGGAGAAAUGGUAUUAGCCGCAACUUUUGCUACUUGGUACUGGACUUUAAAUAAGCAUAAUGUACCAUAUUUUACAAUUACUGUCGGAUUUUGGCGAACAGUCAGGUACCAUUUGGGAACACUGGCGUUCGGGGCGUUGAUAUUAACCAUAUGUCGCAUUAUCCGACUCAUUCUGGAAGCGAUAAAUGAGAAAGUAAAAAAGGCUAACAAUGAAUGUGCCAAUACAGUAAUGUGUUGUUGCAGAUGUUUCUUUUAUCUACUAGAAAAUUUCCUAAAGUUCAUCAAUAGUAAUGCGUAUAUCAUGUGCGCAGUACAUGGCAAAGGCUUUUGUCGCUCGGCAAGAGAUGCAUUUAAUCUUCUCAUGCGAAAUGUCAUUCGCGUUGUUGUUAUAAAUAAGAUCACGGGUUGGUUACUGCUGUUGGGAAAACUCUUAAUCACUGGCCUUACCGUCGCAGCAACCUGGUGGUAUUACACGAAUAAAGGCAAAGAUGACGUCUAUUAUUGGGAAGUCCCCGCGGUCAUGACGGCAAUAGCCUCUUUCUUGAUAGCAACAGUAUUUUUUAAAGUUCAUGCUGCUGCUAUAGACACGCUUUUCCUUUGCUUCUUGGAAGAUUGUGAACGAAAUGAUGGCACCGACUCAAGACCCUAUUAUAUGAGUAAAAGACUGCGGAAACUGCUUCACAAAUAGCUUUAAUAUGGACGUUUUUACACAAUUCAAAGCCAAUUUAUCUAUUUUUAUAAGAAUGUUGAGGCUGUUAUAAAUUAUGUAUACCUAUUUUUAUUACUUUGUUAUGUACUAUUGUAUAUACUAUAAAUAUUUAUAAAUAUUAUUGAAAACUUGAAAAUUAUAUGUAAUUAAUCAUAAUUACAGUAUUACUUCAUACUGAGCUAUCAAUUGACUAAGCUACUUGUAUUUGUUUACUGAAAAUAGAUUGUUUGCUCAUCAAUCAGUUUGCACGUUUGCAACGAUUUAAGAUUCGUUAAUUAAAUCGUUCGAAAGCAUUAUUGUUAAUUUUGAAAAUUGUUGUUAAAAAUACAUUUAUGCAUGUACAAAAACAUCUGCCAUUAAAAAAAAAUCAACUGGUUUAUUCUUAGUACAAGUUGAUGCCGUCCUAUUGUAAAUGCUAGAAAACUUGAUAAUAAAUUUAAAAUCUUAUAAAAUUAACGGUACAACAUUCUAUAUGUGUAUAAGCUUAGAACCACUAUUCGAAAAUUCACCUAAUUGCAUCUAAUCAUCGAAAUAUGAUAUCUAAAUGAGUUACAGAAAUGCCACAAAUUUUGGUGACGAUGCACAAGAUUAGCAUAUCCACGCAUUGAAUAAAAAAUUUCAUCAAAUACUUCAUGCAA